GUCUAUGUCAAUGUCUGUCUAUGCGAACGUCAAUUUCAAGUCCGGUCAACGCCCUCGUGUACCAGUCCCUCUGUUUAAUUCUUCUUCACUUCUACGACAGUUCCUCCUCACUUUUGUCCGCAGCCAGCUCGGGAUCAGUCACAUGGUGCGUAAUUAUUCACUCGCAGGGCCGCUACACAGACACAGGCCAGUGCGUACUGGUGCGUCAAGUGCGUGUCAGUCGGAAAACUGCGACCUGCUGACACUCCAUAAGACCGCAAGCCUCCAUUAUGCCUCAGAAGAGCAAAAAAGACAAGGACGUCACUAAGUCUGGAAAGUCUAAAAAGUCUGCUAAUGAAAAUGGGCCUGGAGGUGACGAAGAUGCCUCCAAUAAGAAAGUACCUCCUGCCACUCAGCUGAUGAGGAUAAAGCAGCCGGGGUCACACUCAGCUGUGAGGAAGGAGAAGCGGUUCAGUUCUUCAUGUUUUGCCCUGAGCGCUAACCGAGAGCUGCACAGAUUGGCCCCACUCGCAGGCAAGCUGCUCCUGUCGCUACAGCGGUAG